AUGUCAUCUCCUCCUUGUAGUGUACACCCUACAGAUGGAAGGCCAGCAGACGAUAUCAAUGAAAGGCCCACGUCGUUUAUAGGAGACUGGACAGCGGCUACCAUUGACACUCAUCGUGAAAGAAUUGUUGAAGGGCCCGAUGGCACCAACAUAUUAUGCGAUUCACCAGUGCCCUCAGAACUACCGGCAUAUGCAGGUCCAGACGACAGCAGCAGCAUAUCACCCCAUACAUUGACACCUCAGACAUCCAGAGAGGCUGACAAGAGACCCACGACACUGGCUGCCACUUCAGCUGCUCAUUCGUCAAAACGCUCAAUGUCGUCUGAGCGUGCUAAACCGAGACGGAUUAUUGGCAACUACACGCUCAUCAAUACAUUGGGAUCAGGCUCCAUGGGCAAAGUUCGACUGGCAGUGCACAAUUUUACGGGAGACAAACUGGCAGUAAAGAUUGUGCCUCGACGCAUUCACUCCAAAGAUAAGCAACAACAACAGAAAUCCAAAAAGAAGGAAAAGGACGAGCACCGUGAAAUCAGAACCAUCCGAGAAGCCAGCAUCAUGUUGCUGCUGCACCACCCCUUCAUUGCGAGUCUAAAGGAAAUGGUGAUUUUGGAUUCAUACUAUUAUUUGUUUAUGGAAUAUGUCAAUGGUGGCCAGCUGUUGGAUUAUAUCAUUUCGCACGGUAAACUCAAAGAAAAACAGGCGAGACGGUUUGGGCGUCAAAUUUUGAGCGCAUUGGAUUACUGCCAUCGCAACUCAAUUGUGCAUCGAGAUCUCAAGAUUGAAAACAUACUGAUAUCGCAGGCCGGCAACAUCAAGAUUAUCGAUUUUGGCUUAUCCAACUUGUUCUCCCCACGUUCCUCGCUAAGCACAUUUUGUGGCUCAUUGUACUUUGCUGCCCCAGAAUUACUGAAUGCCAAAGCGUACACAGGUCCAGAAGUAGAUGUCUGGAGUUUUGGUGUUGUGUUGUACGUGCUGGUGUGUGGAAAGGUGCCGUUUGAUGAUCAGAAUAUGCCUGCGCUUCAUGAAAAGAUCAAGAGAGGUGUUGUUGACUAUCCCUCGCAUCUGAGCACCGAUUGCAAAAGUGUGCUAUCUCGAAUGCUGGUGACAAAUCCAGCGCAUCGUGCCACUGUGUCUGAAAUCAUGAUCCACCCUUGGAUGAAUAAAGGCUAUGAUGGCCCCAUCGACAACUAUCUGCCAGAUCGAAUACCUCUGAGUCUGCCUAUCGAUAUGGACGUGGUGCGUGGCAUGACAGGCUUUGAAUUCGGAACGGAAAUCGACAUUCGCGAUAAACUACAGGACAUCAUCACCUCAGAGGAAUACCAGAAAGCAGCAAAAACACUGAUGGAGCGCACGGCUGAAGCACAUCGAAAUCAGCGCCAGGGACAUUUAACAUCCAGGUUCUCAUCUCAUCUCAGUAAAAAAGCAUUCACUCUGCCAAACGAUGAUCCACAGUCGGUGCCAGCUGCUUACCACCCUUUGAUUUCCAUCUACUACCUGGUCAAAGAGCGCAUGGAACGAGAGAAACGCAUAGUUGCUAAUGCAGCAGCAUCUACCGCGACAGACGCAGCUGAUCUGGAUUCACUAAACACAUCACCAAAAUUAUUCUCCCCAACCAGCAACACAUCAUUGCAUAUACCAGACAUUUCGCUGCCUGAGACAGUGCAUCCUACAGCAAGCGUGCCAUUUGAACAAUCGUUGUUUGGUGAUCCAGACAUGUUUAGUCCAACGGCUGUCUCCACGGGUGUCGCUUAUGGCAAAAAGGGCAAGACACAGAUCAGAGUGGACGAAGAGGGUCAUCUCAUUGACAAUGAUAAACUGCACUUGAUUGAAAAUGGCCUCAGUCGCUUGUUCUCAAGGACUUCAUCCAAUGGACAUCGCCACCAUCAUCCUUCCAUACAGUCAGAUUCAGGCGACGAGGAAAUAUACGACUUGAAUCGAACUACCAGCCAUGAAUCCAGCAACAGCCACACGGUACUGCGACGUUUGAGUCAUGCACUAUCGAGGCGAACAUCCACGGACAAGAAUGGCGAAACUGCUAGUGCUAGAAGAUCAAGAAAAUCCAGUGUGCAUGGAGGACAUCCCGUGGUUGUGUCUUCCACCUCAACGCCCAUACAAAUACCUUCUCGAGAACCAAACUGUGGGCAUUUGUCCAAAUCUUACGCUACUGCGCCAACGUCUAAAUUUCCCAAUUCUCUAUUUACGCCGCCACAUCAACAGCGUCAUGUAACAGCAGCUGGUAUAAACCAAAGCGAUCUUGAUGUAGCCACGGCUGCUGCUGCCGCUGCUUCUGUGUCCAACAACAACAGUGCCUCAGCCAACACGUUUUCCAACAAGAUCAGCAAAAUAAUACCAAGAAGAAUGACGCUAGGUCAAAACGCAAUGAAUGCUGAAAACCACACCAAUUUCUUGAACAUGGUAGGCAAUCAUCAACCCACCACUGCCAAUACUAGCAGCAAGCGCCAGUCCAUUUCACUGCAGCAACACUCGCUGAAUGAGGGCCGAUUAGCGUCUGCCAAGGGCCCUGUUUCUGAACUACCAUCUCAUGUAGCAGCAGACAGUGAAAACAGUGAUCUCGGACUGGCGCGCCAUGCUUAUGACCCUCUACACAGCGAAAGCAACAACAAUAAGCAGCAACAGCAUGACCAUGAGCAAGCAUUCCCCACCUCGGCCCACAGCAACAACAACAACAGUAAAGUUACGCAAAAAGGCACAGCGGAUGAAAAUAUCAAGCCCGUGUUCCUGAAAGGCCUCUUUUCUGUAACAACAACAUCCACAAAGCAUCCUUCUGUGAUCCGUGCAGAUCUGAUUCGUGUGCUGGAACGUAUUGGCGUGAAAUGGAGAGAAAGUAAAGGUCGAUUUGAGUGCGUUCAUAUGCCAAGCAUCGAUUUGAAUCGAGUGGUAGACAGCAGCAAUGACAAUAGCAGCAGCUUGGAGGAUCAAGCAAUGCAACACAUGCAAGGACAUCAGUCAUUCUCCUCUGAAGAUCAUACAAUACCAUCCACUGCAACUCCUGCUGCUGCCGCUGCUGCUGCUAUAACGCCUGUUGUGCCUCUGCCAGACCUUGUGGUGCGUUUUGAGAUUUACAUUGUCAAGGUGCCGUGGCUGCUGGGCAUGCAUGGCCUCCAAUUCAGACGCGUAGGUGGUGAUCCAUGGCAAUACAAGAACAUGUGCAGCAAAAUUCUAGCAGAGCUUAAAUUAUAG